AAUUCUUUAACGGAUUUUUAUUUUAGAGCGUGGUUUUGUUUUUUAAAAUUGAAAGAAUAAAAAGCGCAAAUUUAUUAGUGAUUAAAAUUUGUUUAACGAAAACAUUUUAUGCAAUGAGUGCCUUUAAUCAAAUAUUUCUAAUAACUGGUGGAUCAAGAGGUCUGGGAAAAGGGUUUGCUUCGGCUAUUGUUCAACGUGGUGGUAAAGUUAUAAUUGUAGAUAUUGUAAAAGAAGUUGGCGAAGCAACUGAAAAAGAGUUGAAUGAAACGCAUCCUGGUCAAUGUCUUUUCUAUGAAGGAGAUGUUACCGAUGAACUGCUAAUGAGAAACAUAUGGGAGGAUAGUGAAAAAAAGCUAGAUGCAAAAAUAGGUGUAUUGGUAAACAAUGCUGGAAUUUUUAACGCUGCUGACUGGAAAAAAACAAUGAAUAUUAAUUUAAUUUCAGUUAUGCAAAUGAGUUAUAUAGCUUUGGAAAAAAUGAAUAUUAAGAAUGGCGGCAGCGGUGGUACUAUUAUCAAUGUUGCAUCUCUUGCCGGUUUGGUUUAUGCUAAACUACAUGAAGCAAUACCUUACUUUGUAUCCAAAUCUGCUGUUGUUUCCUUCACAAAAUCUUUGGCUUGCUCCAAUGUGCUGGAAAAUUACGGCGUCAAAGUUGCUGCAUUGUGUCCAACGUUUUCGGAUACUCAAAUGAUUAAAGAAAAUACGUUGGUCGACAUGAUGAAAUCUUCAAACAUGGUUCCUUUAACUGUAGAAAAAGUUGCGAAUGAUUUUAUCAGAUUACUAGAGGAUAUUUACAAUGAAAAAGCAAAAAAUGGCGAGAUAAUGUGUGUUUGCUCAAAAUCCAAAUAUGUAGAUGAAAACAAAUUUGAUUUACGCGAGUUAAUAUUACCAGUGAGUGAAUAAUCAGAAAAAGAAAGUAUUUAAUUCAAAGAACUUUUUUAAGGACUGAAUAUUUUUAUAUAAAAGUUUUUUUUUAUAAAUAAUAAAUAAAAGCUGUUAUCUAAAAAAAAUCUAUUAUGAAAAAAAGACAACGUUUAAUAUUAUUUGUCACUCAUCACUUUUUAAUGUGUAAUUGGUAUCCUAUCGCCAUUUA